AUGCGAUACAUCAUUCGAGACGACAAAGCUGCGGUUGGCAAAUACAUCGCCGAAUACGUAGCCAAACGGAUCAACACCCACUUCGAGCACUCCGAUCGACCCUUUGUCCUCGGUUGCCCAACCGGCUCUUCCCCUCUCGACACCUACAAAACUCUCAUCCAGAUCCACCGAGAAGGUCGCCUGUCAUUCAAAAACGUGAUCACCUUCAACAUGGACGAAUACGUCUCUCUUCCCAAAUCUCACCCUGAAUCCUACCAUUCUUUCAUGUGGAACAACUUUUUCUCCCACAUCGACAUCCAACCCCAGAACGUCCACAUUCUUGACGGCAAUGCACCAGACUUGGUUGCGGAGUGUAACGACUACGAAGCGAAAAUCCAAGCCGUUGGAGGCAUCGAUCUUUUCUUGGCCGGUGUAGGUUCCGAUGGUCACAUUGCUUUCAAUGAACCCGGUUCCUCCCUCGCUUCUCGUACCAGGAUUAAGACGCUUGCAUAUGACACGGUGUUGGACAACUCAAGAUUCUUCGACAACGAUCCAUUGAAGGUGCCAAGGAUGGCGUUGACCGUUGGGGUACAGACUGUGAUGGAUGCGAGCGAGAUUUUGGUGAUUAUUGUUGGACAGCACAAGGCGCAUGCGUUGGCGAAGUGUGUCGAGGAGGGAGUAAACCAUAUGAAUACGGUCUCGUGCAUUCAGUUGCAUCCUAAUGCACUGCUGGUCUCGGAUGAGGAUGCUACGAGCGAAUUGAGGGUUAGGACGGUUAGGUACUUCAAGGGGAUUGAGAGAGCUCAGGAGGAGAUGGAGAAAUUGUAUGGACUUCAUGGUCACAAGAAGUCUCCUAGCAGUAAUGAUAGUCCUGUUGUAAAUCGGUACAUUAACUAA